AUGAUCCUGGCAUAUUGGGAAAUUCGGGGGCUUGCCCAUCCAAUUCGUUUGUUGCUGGAAUAUACAGGGACCCCAUAUAAGGAGCUGCUCUAUGACUGUGAGAAAUCCUUUGAUUAUGAUAAAAACGAAUGGGUUAAAGACAGAUACACCCUUGGCCUCGACUUUCCCAAUCUACCCUACCUGAUUGAUGGGAAGACCAAGAUCACCCAGAGCAAUGCCAUCUUACGCUACAUUGGACGCAAGCACAGGAUGUGUGGAGAUACUGAGGAAGAGAAGGUGCGGGUGGACAUUUUGGAGAGUCAAGCCAUGGAUUUCCGAAUGCAGCUGGUGAGAGUCUGCCAUGACCCAAACUUUGAAACCAUGAGACUCAUCUACCUACAGCACCUACCUAAAACUCUACAGCUCUUCUCCCAUUUCCUGGGCAAAAGGAGGUGGUUUGCUGGAAAGAAGAUGACUUUUGUGGAUUUCUCCAUGUACGACAUUCUUGACCUGAACCGCAAGUUUGUACCCACGUGCCUGGACGCUUUCCCAAACCUGCAGGAAUUCCUCACUCGCUUUGAGGGCCUAAGGAAGAUCUCGGCCUACAUGAACUCUCCACGCUAUCUCCCCAAACCAGUGUUUCUGAAGAUGGCCAAGUGGGGCACUCAGUAG